AGGUAAUACAGUUAUUUUUGAAACACACCAGUUGAUAACGUUUGUACUUGACGAUUAAUGUGAUAUGUUUGUGACCUUGGAAUAAGUGUGUAUAUGGAUGGCUAUUUACUGCAAUUUGAUUAUUAAUUUCGAUAUAUUUAAAAUUGUUAUUUUUAGUGCUGCAGCAGGUCAAGAUCUCGAAGCAACUGUAGCGCCGUAUAAGUAAAUACAUGCGCUCACAAGAUGUCUUCCAACUGCCAUUUUAAAUUAGUUCGAAAACUUAACCAUUGUCAAACUUCGACGAUAUUUGACAGAUAGGGUACAUAUACACACGUGCCUGUAUUCUGCAGAACCGUUAUUCAAAAUAUGAAAAAAUUAUUGCAUUUAAAAAUUCAUCGGUUAAUGGAAAUCUGUAGCGUGGAGCUGAACAGAAAUUAAACAAUAACAUUUUGGAAUCGGUAGCAUUUUGACUAAAUUCCAAUAUUUAUCGAUACCUAACAUUUUUAUAAAUUCCUUUAUGAGAGCAAAUUUUCAUUAUGCUCUGUUGGAGUGUAUACUCAACCAAACUUAAGAUUGUUUUGAAAAUCAAAACAAUAAUCGGCUGUCAUGAGUCACUUUUGUGUACCACUUGUCGCAAUGUUACGUACUCAAAACAGCGGGUUUCAUCCAUUUGUGCAAUUAAAUUGUCCUUUAAAUAUAGCUAGAGCUUACGUCAACCUCUACAGUUAACAGUGAAUGUUCCAGUGAACAUGCGGCUGAAAAUCGUUGCAAAUGUAUCCAGCUAAGUUUAUACCGAAUUGCUUCAAAGGCUUUCCAUUGCACCGUGCAGCUGCAAAUGGAUCGUUAGCCGAAUGUGAACAACUAAUACUAUCCGGUGUAACUAAUCAUUACCAACCGACGGAGAAUGGUUGGACAGCACUACACGCAGCGAUCGCAAACAAGGCAGAAAAUGUUGUGGAUCUACUACUUGAUCGCUACGAGCAAGACUUGAUAAUCGUGCAGCAAACGAUCAAACACCAGUUCCUGUGGAAAGUGGAACAAGAGGGAUGGAAAAGUAGACCGAUACUGAUUGCCUGGACAGAAGAGGAAUGCGAAGCGGCACUGACGGUUAUGUCUAGUUGCCCAGCAGCAAUUCCACUCAAUUUGCAAGUUUUUGUGCUUCUAAGAACCCCAAAUCAUGGCCAUCGUUUCAUUGCAUUGGACGUUUGUAAUCGAAACAAAUGGUGCGAUAUAAUGCGGCUUGUCCGUCGAUUGUUACCAAACGGUGUUCUGUCAUUAGAUCGGUGCGAUUUGCGACGAGGUGUUGAGAAUUAUCUGCAGCUUGCCUGUGCCUUAUCGACAAAGGAAAUAAUAAUGAAGCUUAUUAGCCGCGGAGCCUCGCUGACUGUUGCAUCUGGUAUUCAGGGUCGAACACCAUUAAUGGCUGCGGGCGAAAAGAUGCGCAAGGAUGUGAUCGAAUUGCUGACUACCAAAUACGCCGAUCGGUUUGAUCCGUGUGUCUGCGAUCGAAACAAAUACACCGUGCUACACCAAAUGAUUCAGCGACAACAAACACCACUAGUGGAGUAUUUUCUGAACUUUUUACUGGACUAUCGCACAAGAAAGCAGCAUGAAUCGAAAUCGGUGGCAUUGAGCAGAAUAUUCACAUAUGAAAAUGCAGAGAACACACCGCAGCACAUUUGGCACCAAGUACAAUCGGUUCCCAUGAAGAAAAUGUGCGAAAAAUAUAUAAGAGAAUGCCACAUGGAUGUACGGGAACGACUGUAUGGUACAACAACACUUGCUGUUUUAAUUGGCCGUGGCAUAGCAUUGCAAUACUGUUUUGAGCAAAUUGAACAAGACUUGUCCCUUUUACAGCUCCAAGAAAGUGGUGAAAAAUUAAACAUCCUACAUAAUUUGAUUAAGUGCAAACACUUAGCAUUUGUUGAAGCUCUCUAUCGAAAGCAUGGUUCGAUUGUUAGACACAUGUUCGAAGCAUCGAAACCGGAGAACGAUGCCGCUUUCGAUCUUCUUCGUAUAUUGAUGUACAAUGCGGAUGAACAAGGAAUAAAGUUUGUCUUGAAAUAUCAUCGAGAUUUUUACACGAAAGAUAUGACCAAACUUCGGCAAGUCACCGUUAACCAGCACAAUUGUUCUAAUCGAUCGUACAGCACGCUUUUGAAGGUGAUUGCGGAAACAAUACCAGAGCUACGGGAAGACAUCGAAUCAGUCAAACUGAAGAAUGAUACCGGACAAAGAAAUUUUUACGAUGAUCUGCGUAGUCUUCGUGAGCAUUUCGCGAAAACAGUCACCAUACUCGAGGCAAAUGGAAAACGGUUGGAUGAUUAUUUGGAUAGCAAUCGAAAGACAUUUCUUCACGCAGCAGUAUUGUGGAGCGACAAAUCGUUGAUAGAAAAACUACUAGCUCGCAAUAUGGAUGUUAUGAAGUUGGACGACAAAGGGUGCCUGCCGAUACAUUUGGUUUACAGAAGCGAAAGCAUAUUUGAAAUGCUAUUACGUAGAAGCGAUUCGGCACAGCUAUCGUAUGUAAACGAAGCAGGAUAUAACCUGCUGCAUAUAAGCUGCAGAAAUGGGCUUCAUGGUGCGGUCUUAGAACCACUAGUUGACUACGGUAUGGACGUGAACGGUCCGACACCCGAUGGACAGUUACCACUAUCGUUGGCAUCAUGCUGUGCGACGGUAACAUUCUUGCUUGAUCGUGGCGCACGUGUCGAUCUCCUAAAUAGUGAUCUUUUGAGCAGUAACCUGAAUCAUAUGCAUUACUGUGCAGCAAUAGCAUUAAUACCACAAUUGAUUCAUCUGCCAUGGUUUCGCAAGUGUGCCCACAUGUACUUACCAUGGAUGAUAGACAAACAGAGCAGAUAUUUUUUUUCCUGGAGUACUGAAACUUUUUUGAAGACACAACCCGAUAUACGACAAUUAUUGUUCGACAGUUUGUACGAACACUCCAAGACCGAAAUGGCUGAACUGUUUGCAAGGGUUUGCCACAAAGCAAUUCCGAUCUGCGUUCAGUGGUUUUUGGAGUAUGACUACGAUAUUGACUACAAUUAUCGUUUAUGGGACCAUUCUACACCACUUUUGGGGUUACUUAGCUAUGUACAAUGUGAUAUGAAGGAUCAGUUAAGUAUGAUAGAAAAGUUGCUUCAAAAAUCCGUUGAUGUUAAUACUACAACCCAAUUCGGGCAAAACGCACUAAUGAUACUCACAAAUGGAAUCGGGUGGAUGAGACAGUGUUACCAGUUGUCGCUAGAACUGGCAUCGUCGCUGGUGAAGCGUGGAAUUAAGUUAAACGAGCAGGAUGAUCAGGGUAAUACGGCUUUACAUAAUGCGUUUCAACACGAGCAAUGGGGGAUGGUAGAAUUUUUAAUAGAAAAUGGAGCGAACGUGUCCGUUAAGAACAAAUCCAACAAGCUGGCUUGUCAAAUGGGGUUAGAGUUCAAUAGAUAUUUGUAUGGGUUUAUAAAAUAAUCAGAUGACGGCAGAUUAAUUGCCUAGAACAGCAUUUUAUGCAGUAUUUCUUUGGAUCGGCAGGGAUUUAUAAGGAGAAACAAGUCAAUGUGAUUCUUUUAUUCUAUAAAAAUAGAAAGCAUAACAAUUAAAAAAGUGAAAAAUAUGCAUUUAUUUGCGAAAUCCAAAGUCUUGGAAAAUAUAAGCAAAUGUUAUUACAAAGCGCAAA